CCAACCUACAAGUCGCCACCUCCACCAACUCCUGUUUACAAGUCGCCACCACCACCCAAGGAGCCAUACUACCCUCCUCACACACCAACCUAUAAGUCACCACCUCCACCAAGUCCCGUUUACAAGUCGCCACCACCACCCAAGGAGCCAGACUACCCUCCACACACCCCAUCCUACAAGUUACCACCUCCACCAACUCCCAUUUACAAGUCGCCACCACCACCAACUCCUGCCUACAACUCUCCUCCACCACCUUACUAUCUUUACACCUCUCCCCCUCCUCCCUACCAUUACUGGAAAAUGGCCUCUCUAGUUGCAACUCUUUUAGUGGUUUUAGUGUCACUUAGCUUACCAUCCGAAAGUUCAGCUAAUUAUCAAUACACAUCUCCCCCACCACCAAAGGAGUCAUACCACCCUUCACCAACACCUUAUCAUCCCGUACCACUUUACAAGUCUCCACCACUGCCAACUCCAGUUUACAAUUCUCCACCACCACCCAGAGAGACGUACUACCCUCCACACACUCCAGUGUACAUGCCGUCACCACCCUCGACACAAAUUUACAAGUCGCCACCACCACCCAAUGAGCCAUAUUACCCUCCACACACCCCAACCUACAAGUCGCCACCUCCACCAACUCCUAUUUACAAGUCUCCACCGCCGCCAACUCCCUUUUACAAUUCUCCACCACCACCCAAGGAGCCAUACUACACUUCGCCACCUCCACCAACU